CCCCUCCCCUCCAGGCUCUCAGCGGGGCUCCUGCGCCAGGCCACCUACACCACCACCCGCCUGGGCAUCUACAGCGUCCUCCUGGAGCGUUUCGGGGGUCCCGACGGGACCCCCCCCCCGUUCGUGGCCAAGGCGGCCAUGGGGAUGACGGCGGGGGCGGCGGGGGCCUUCGUGGGGACCCCGGCCGAGGUGGCCCUGAUCCGCAUGACGGCCGAUGGCAGGCUGCCCCCCGGCGAGCGCCGCGGGUACCGCAACGUCUUCGACGCCCUCGUGAGGAUGGCGAGGGAGGAGGGGGUGCUCACGCUCUGGAGGGGCUGCAUCCCCACCAUGGCCCGCGCCGUGGUCGUCAACGCCGCCCAACUCGCCUCCUACUCCCAAUCCAAGCAAUUCCUGCUCGACUCCGGGCAUUUCCGUGACGACAUCCUGUGCCACUUCUGCGCCAGCAUGAUCAGCGGGCUGGUGACCACGGCCGCCUCCAUGCCCGUCGACAUCGUCAAGACCCGGAUCCAGAACAUGCGGACGAUCGACGGCAAACCCGAGUACCGCAACGGGCUGGACGUGCUGGUGAAGGUGGUGCGGUACGAGGGUUUCUUCAGCCUCUGGAAGGGCUUCACCCCUUACUACGCCCGCCUGGGCCCCCACACCGUGCUCACCUUCAUCUUCCUCGAGCAGAUGAACAAGUGGUACCAGCGGCUCUUCCUCAGCGCCUGAAGCCCCCCCCCACCCGGGGGGGGGUGAAAUUUGGGGGAGGGGCAUCUCAAA